AUGUCUUCGUCAACAGUUCAGACGGUGGAGCCUGUGGUUUGCCAAUUGAAGGGCGAGGUCGAGGCUAAAGAUCUCUCUUAUGGAGCUAUCAGAGAGAAGAUCCCAGCUCACUGCUUUGAGCGCUCCGCUGUGAAGUCAUUCGCGUAUCUCUUUCGCGAUUGCGUCUAUGCCUCUAUUCUUGUGUGGCUUGCUCUGCAGAUCGAUUAUCUGCCCACGCCACUUCUCCGGGCUGCCGCCUGGAUUGCCUAUGGCUUCGCUCAAGGCUGUGUUGGUACCGGAAUGUGGAUCAUCGGUCACGAAUGUGGUCAUGGCUCUUUCUCUGAGUAUCCUCGUCUGAAUGACUUUGUUGGAUGGGCUGUCCACUCUCUUCUGAUGGUCCCCUUCCAUUCCUGGAAGAUCACCCAUGCCCGACACCACCGAUAUCACGGCCAUAUCGAUAAGGAUACGGUCUUUGUUCCUGCUACCGAGUCUGAGGUCAAGAACCAGAAGCCUUCUCUCUACACCCGAUUCGUGGAGCUUGUUGAGGAGACUCCUCUCUACCACGCCGUUACUCUGCUCAGCCAUCAGCUCUUCGGAUGGCAGCUGUACAUGCUGUUCAACGUCAGUGCCGGAAACAAAAGUCUGCCUCCAAAAGGAACCGGCGUCCAGAAGUUCAGAAACAGCCACUUGGAUCCUCUGGGCUCCCUGUUCACCAGCUCUCAGGCCCAUCUGAUUGCCUUUUCUGACCUGGGUCUUCUGAUCGUUGGAAGCACUCUUUACUAUCUGUCGACCUUUAUGGGCGCCUGGAAGAUUGCGCUUCUCUAUGCUGUUCCCUACUUCUGGGUCCACCACUGGCUGGUUGCGAUUACCUACCUUCACCACACCCACCCCGACGUUCCUCACUACGAUGAGAAUGCUUGGACCUUCGUCAAGGGUGCCCUUGGUACCGUCGACCGCCGAUUCGGCUUCAUCGGACGCCACUUCUUCCACGAAAUCAUAGACUACCACGUCAUUCACCACCUGUUCCCCAAGAUCCCCUUCUACCACGCCGAGGAGGCCACCAACGCAAUUGUUCCCUUCCUCGGUGAGAAGUAUCGCAUUGAAGAAGGCUCAUUCCUCAAGUCCCUGGCCGACACUUUCCGCACUUGCAAGGUUGUGACUGACCCUGAUGCGGAGGGCGUUCUGCACUGGAAGUCGCCCGAGAAUGCCAGCAAGAAGCAGAACUAG